GCACAUUGCUUUUAUAUACACCUCCUACUAAACCAACUAGUCUUAGAAAUAAUAAUUUAUAACCACACAACCUUUCUUUUUAUUCUUCAACAAAAGCACCCCCUAUGUACUGUCCCUCAGCCGGAAAACCUACCGGAAAAUUCUCAAACCCUUUUGAUAUUUUAUUUUUUUAGCUAGAAAAAAGGUUUGCAUAUAAUUUAUUACAUGCUAUGGAUAAUAUGAAUGAUAAUAAUACAUCUAAUAAUUCAAGAGGAGCAAGUAGUUUCUUGUACGGAAUUGGAGGCACCUCUAGCUCUUCUUCUGCUCAUCAGCUGCCUCUUGUGAUGAAUGGAUUUCAUCUCCCUAAUGAUGAAUCAAGUAGGUUUCAUCAUCAUCCUAUGGUGAAAAUGGAGGCUGGGAAUCAUAAUUCUGUGCACCACAGAUUUCAUUAUCCUUCUGCCAUCAGAAGCCACCAGGAGAAUAUUGAUCAGAGUGAAGGUGCGGCUGCUGAAGCUAUUAAAGCUAAGAUCAUUGCUCAUCCUCAGUAUUCUAGUCUUCUGCAAGCUUACAUGGAUUGCCAAAAGGUUGGAGCUCCGGCAGAAGUGAUGGCUCGGCUGGCGGCUAUUCGGCAGGACUUCGAAGCCAGGCAGCAAGCAUCAGUAAACUGCGGAGAAGCAUCCAAAGAUCCAGAGCUUGAUCAAUUCAUGGAGGCUUAUUACGACAUGCUUGUGAAGUACCGUGAGGAGCUAACCAGACCAUUACAAGAGGCCAUGGAGUUCAUGCAAAGGAUAGAGACUCAGCUCAAUAUGCUCUCCACCAGUCCACGUCAGAUCUUCAACCCCGAUGAGAAAUGUGAGGUCAUUGGUUCGUCAGAAGAGGAUCAAGAUAAUAGCGGUGGAGAGACAGAACUUCCGCAGAUUGAUCCACGUGCUGAAGAUAGGGAGCUGAAGAACCACCUCUUGAGGAAAUAUAGUGGUUACCUGAGUAGUCUCAAGCAAGAACUUUCCAAGAAAAAGAAGAAAGGAAAACUACCCAAAGAUGCCCGCCAGAAGUUACUAAGUUGGUGGGACUUGCACUACAAAUGGCCAUAUCCUUCUGAGACGGAGAAAGUAGCAUUGGCAGAAUCAACCGGGUUGGAUCAGAAACAGAUUAAUAAUUGGUUCAUCAACCAAAGAAAACGACACUGGAAACCUUCGGAAGAUAUGCAAUUUAUGGUGAUGGAUGGACUUCAUCCUCAAAAUGCAGCUCUAUACAUGGAGGGCCACUAUGUUGGUGAAGGUCCUUAUCGAUUGGGGCCAUGAAUAAUAAACGUGGGCCGGUCUCCCGAGACAACAAUGAUUAAUAUUGUGCCAUAAAUCUAUGAAUACUAUGGUUGUUGAGAGUUGGCCAGUGUUUGUGGGACUGUUAUGUAUGUAUGUAUGUUAUGAUAGGAGAGUGAUUUAAUUAUUUUUAGCUGAACAGCUUCAGUUUUGCUUGUCCUUUCGCAAUCUUGAAGAUCUGGAAGUAAGUUUUCGAGACCUGCAUAUUUUACUUGUACUGAUAUCUGUAUCAGAACUUCUGUUCAAAGUCUUAAGAUAAAUGUAUGAAGUUUGUUGUGUA